AUGGCACUCAACUCCUUGAGUGGAGCGGCGCCUCAGCAUGCCCAACCCUCGUUGCCUUCUCUGCCAGCGCAUUUGCAGUCCGACACCCAUCUUACAGCACAUCUAGCGAGCCGGUUCCAUGCGCACUUGCCCACCGCCUCCCUCUCGUCGCACGCUAUAAUAUCGCUUAAUACCUAUACAUCAUCAGCUAAGGGCCCUAAUGGGGGGAAAGAGGGGAGCGCCAUGGCGGCUGCGGAGGAUAUCGCAUCCAGAGCGUGGACUCGGCUAGGGCAUCGUGGAGAGAAUCAGGCGGUUGUCUUUCUUGGAGAGUCUGGUUCCGGGAAGACUACGCUCCGAGCUCACCUCCUCUCCGCCCUGCUGAGCUACUCCUCGACACCGCUCUCGCACAAGCUUUCAUACGCUGCAUUUGUUUUCGACACACUCACCACCACCAAAUCUCUGACUACACCGACGGCGUCCAAGGCGGGGCUCUUCUUUGAGCUCCAGUAUGAUACUUCUUCGUCUAUGCACCCGACAUUAAUCGGUGGCAAGCUGCUCGACCACAGGCUGGAGAGGAGUAGGAUCGCUUCCGUCCCGACCGGCGAACGGAACUUCCAUGUGCUAUACUACCUCUUAGCCGGAACAAGCGACGCUGAAAAGCAGCAUCUUGGCCUGGAAAGUCCUGGUCAGGUAUCCAACGAACCUGGCGCGCGAACCUCGCUGUCAGGGCAAAAGAGGUGGAGAUACUUGGGGCAUCCGACUCAGCUUAAGGUUGGUGUGAAUGACCAUGAAGGGUUUCAGCACUUCAAGACAGCGUUGAGGAAGCUUGAGUUCCCGAGAAGUGAGAUCGCCGAGAUCUGCCAGAUUCUCGCUGCUAUCCUGCACAUUGGCCAGCUCGAGUUCAUGACGACUCAAUCGACGACACCCGCUGCGGAUGAAAGCGGAGGCUACUCCCAUGAAGGUGGCGAGGACAUCACCGUGGUCAGGAACAAGGACGUUCUUCGAAUAGUAGCCGCUUUCCUUGGAGUCGGCAUGCAAGAUCUCGAACACAGUUUCGGCUCCAAGACGAAGACAAUACAUCGCGAGCGGGUCACUGUCAUGCUCGAUCCUCGGGGAGCGCGGGAGAACGCGGAUGAGCUUGCUCGCGUUCUCUAUGCCCUGCUUGUCGCUUUUGUGAUGGAGAGCAUCAACGAGAGGAUCUGCGCAGUGGAGACCACCAUUGCCAAUACGAUCUCGAUCGUCGACUUUCCAGGCUUUGCUCAAGUAUCUGCGACAGGCCACACACUCGAUCAGCUUCUCAAUAAUGCGGCUACGGAGUCUAUGUACCAUUUCUGCCUACAGAGCUUCUUCGACCGCAAAGCCGAUUUACUAGAAGCCGAAGAUGUCAACGUACCCGCCACCAGCUAUUUUGAUAACUCAGACGCUGUCAAGGGCCUCCUCAAGCCUGGCAAUGGUUUGCUGAGUAUCAUGGAUGACCAGAUGCGCCGCGGAAAGACCGACAUGCAGUUCCUUGAAAGCAUGCGAAAGCGCUUCGAGGGCAAAAAUCCAGCAAUCAUACCUGGAAGCGCUACCGCCACACUACCCGGUAGUAACUUCGCCACGACGAACACCGCUGCUUCAUUCACUGUCAGGCAUUUCUCUGGUGAGGUGGAAUACCCCAUUGAAGGCUUGAUGGAGGACAACGGAGAUAUCAUCUCUGGCGAUCUCAUGCAACUCAUCAACUCGACGAGGAGCAGCUUCUUGAAGGAACUUUUCGGCCAGAAGGCUUUGACCACAGUUGUCCAUCCCAAGGAACAUUCUGCUGUCAUGCAAGCAUCCGUCAGCUCUAAGCCGAUGAGGCAACCUAGUAUGGCGCGGAAGAAGUUUGACAGACCCGCCCGAUUCGGGACUCGGGAAGUUAGCGCAGAAAACGAUGAGAGCUCCAGUGGCAUCGGUGGAAAUUCGCGGAGCGCCUCGAGAAGUUCCAAGCGCCACAGCCAACUGGAAUCCGGCAAACAACAAGGAGCAGCUGGCCAGUUCCUAUCAUCACUCGACAACGUCACUCGGUCGCUUACAGGACCGAACACCAAUCCUUACUUCGUUUUCUGCUUGAAGCCUAACGACCGGCGCAUUGCCAACCAGUUUGACAGCAAGUGUGUCCGGACCCAAGUGCAGACCUUUGGCAUCGCAGAAAUAAGUCAGCGCCUUCGGAACGCAGACUUUAGCGUGUUCCUACCAUUCGGCGAGUUCCUCGGUGUUGCCGAAAGUGACACGAUCGUUGUUGGCAGCGAACGAGAACGAGCCGAGAUGCUGCUCGACGAGAAGAAAUGGCCCGGCAACGAGGCCCGCGUUGGCAGCACUGGAGUGUUCCUCAGCGAACGAUGCUGGCUGAGCAUUGCCAAUCUUCCAAGUGCUGUCCCCGGUGGUGAGAGCAGAAGCAGGUUCUUGGGCGCAGAAACCGAUGAUGAGGGCGGCGACGGAUUGCUCAGGCCCGGACGCCCCUACAACGAUUCCAAAGUCCGCCUCAUCUCGUCCCAGACUCCGUCUCCUGGUUCCUUUUACCACGACGACAAAGCUGGCGGAUACUUUGGUAGCCGGGACAUCGAUGAUAAGUCCGAUGCCGGCGUCUCAGCCAUCAACGGCGGCGAUAUGUUCCGAAACCUUGAGACCCGCGAGCAGAUGGCUGAGAAGGGCAACGAGGUCAAAAUGGAAGAGGUCGAUUCCGUUCCUGUAUCUGGCAGUCGCAAGAGAUGGCUAUUCAUGGUGUGGCUGCUUACGUUCUACAUCCCGGACUUCGCCAUUAGGAUAUUGGGUAGAAUGAAACGAAAGGACGUGCGGACGGCUUGGCGAGAGAAGUUAGCCAUCAACCUACUGAUCUGGCUGAGCUGCGCGUUUGUCGUCUUCUUCAUGAUUGGUUUCCCGGCUUUGAUCUGUCCCACGCAACAUGUCUAUUCUAGUCAAGAGCUGUCCUCGUUUGAUGGCAAAGAUGGCAACAGUGCGUACGUCGCGAUUCGCGGCAUCGUCUACGACCUGGGAGCCUUCAUGCCAGUACACUAUCCCAGCGUUGUGCCUCAGUCAGCUCUGCAAAAGUACGCUGGCAGGGAUGUUACGAACCUCUUUCCCGUCCAAGUUUCGGCUCUUUGCAGAGGCACUGCGGGCAGCAUUGAUCAGGCAGUACAGCUCAAUUUUAGGAACAACAACUACACUGGAUCCGAUAUCCUAGUCAGCUCCACCGACACCAACGCCAAAUACCACGACUUCCGAUGGGCCACCAACGACUCUCGUCCGGAUUGGUGGUACGAACAGCAAACAUUCCUCAUGGCCAACUACAUGAAGGGCAGGAUCGGCUACAGUCCGCAGUACCUGAAGACGCUUGCGAAGAAGUCUACCGCUAUCGCCAGUCUCAACGGCGCUGUAUACGAUCUGACCGAUUAUAUUCCCGGCGGAAGACAAGCCCAGUAUCCAGUUGGAACGGACCCGCCAAGUCAGCUACCGGACACGGACUUUAUGGAUCCCCUAGUCGUUAGUCUUUUCCAGCAACGCGCUGGAGAUGAUAUCACGAAGUACUGGGAUGCGCUCAACAUCGAUCCGGCUUUGAAGUGGGAUAUGCAGGUCUGCCUGAGGAACCUCUUCUACGCUGGCGAUGUCGAUACCCGAAACUCGGCCCAGUGCCUUUUUGCUAAGUACAUCCUCCUCGCCAUCUCCAUUCUGUUGGUCAGCGUUAUCGGUUUCAAGUUCCUGGCAGCUCUACAAUUCGGAAAGAAGAACAUGCCGGAGAACCUGGAUAAGUUCGUCAUCUGUACUGUACCUGCCUAUACCGAAGACGAGGAUUCACUGCGCCGCGCUAUUGACUCUGCCGCACGAAUGAAGUAUGACGACAAGCGCAAACUAAUCGUCAUUGUCUGCGACGGUAUGAUUAUUGGACAGGGUAAUGACCGGCCGACGCCUCGCAUUGUGCUUGAUAUUCUAGGCGUCUCCGAGCAUGUCGAUCCGGAGCCGUUGAGCUUUGAAUCCCUGGGAGAGGGCAUGAAGCAGCACAAUAUGGGCAAGGUCUACUCAGGUUUGUAUGAGGUUCAGGGUCACAUUGUGCCGUUCUUGGUUCUUGUCAAGGUUGGAAAGCCGUCAGAGGUCUCGAAGCCUGGCAACCGUGGCAAACGCGAUUCCCAGAUGGUCCUUAUGCGGUUCCUGAACCGUGUUCACUACAACCUCCCGAUGACACCCUUGGAGCUCGAGAUGCACCAUCAAAUCCGGAACAUCAUCGGAGUCAACCCGACCUUCUACGAGUUCUUGCUGCAGAUCGAUGCCGAUACCGUCGUUGCGCCCGAUUCAGCCACUCGUAUGGUAGCCGCGUUCCUGCACGACACCCGCUUGAUCGGCGUCUGCGGCGAGACGGCUCUCACCAACGCAAAGUCGUCCUUUAUCACGAUGAUGCAAGUCUACGAGUACUACAUCUCCCACAACCUGACCAAGGCCUUUGAAAGCUUGUUCGGCUCCGUGACCUGUCUCCCCGGCUGUUUCUCCAUGUAUCGGAUCCGGGCCGCCGAGACGGGCAAGCCGCUUUUCGUCAGCAAGGAAGUCAUCGACGCCUACUCGGAGAUCCGCGUCGACACUUUGCACAUGAAGAACCUGCUCCACCUGGGCGAAGACAGAUAUCUCACCACCCUGUUACUGAAGUACCACUCCAAGUACAAGACCAAGUACAUCUUCCGCGCGCACGCCUGGACCAUCGCGCCCGACAGCUGGAAAGUCUUCAUGUCGCAACGUCGCCGCUGGAUCAACAGCACGGUGCACAACCUGAUCGAGCUGAUCCCCUUACAGCAGCUCUGCGGCUUCUGCUGCUUCAGCAUGCGCUUCGUCGUCUUCCUCGACCUGCUCAGCACGAUCGUACAGCCCGUCAUCGUGGGCUACAUCGUCUACCUAAUCGUGCUUGUCGCGCGCGCCUCGGAAGUCGUGCCCAUCACGGCGUUCAUCCUACUGGGUGCUAUCUAUGGUUUGCAAGCCAUCAUCUUCAUCCUGCGCCGCAAGUGGGAGAUGAUCGGCUGGAUGAUCAUCUACGUGCUCGCGACUCCCAUCUUCGCCUGCGGCCUCCCGCUGUAUUCUUUCUGGUACAUGGACGACUUCUCCUGGGGCAACACCCGUGUCGUGAUGGGCGAAAAGGGCCAAAAGGUCGUCGUCUCCGACGAAGGGAAGUUCGACCCAUCGUCUAUCCCGCACAAGAAGUGGGAGGAGUACCAGGCCGAGCUCUGGGACGCGCAGUCCGUCCGCGACGACGCGAGGUCCGAGAUCAGCGGCGUGAGCUACGCGACGAAGAGCGCCAUGGGCGGCCACCACGGCAUGGGUGGUGGUAUGGGCAUGGGAAUGGGCAUGGGACCAUACAGCCACCACCCCUCCCCCGGCUCCGAACACGCCUUUGGCCAGCCACCUAGCCGGCCGCUCUCUCAGCUCGACCUGCCGCGCUACGGCAGCAGACUUAGUCUCGCACCCUCGGGCUACGGCGGCGGCAUCUACAGCAACGAGAUGGAGAUGGCUGAGUUGACCGGGGCGCUGCCGAGCGAUGAUGCCAUUCUCGCCGAGAUUAGGGAGGUGCUGAAGACGGCGGAUUUGAUGAGUGUGACGAAGAAGAGCAUUAAGCGCGAGUUGGAGGCGAGGUUUGGGGUCAGCUUGGAUGCUAAGAGGGCGUAUAUUGGGAGCGCGACCGAGGCGAUUUUGAGUGAACAGUUGUAG